CUAUGCCACAAAUGUCUUAUAUAAUUUGAUUCCUUGCUGGUGAGAGUCACAAAACCCAACAGACUUCACACUUUCACUUUCAUUCGCUUUUUCUUCUCUAUUACUGCAAUCACUUGUUCACGAUAAUGGCGGACCUCUCCUCUGUCGAUGAGUUCCUGAAUCAGUGCAAACAAUCCGGCGACGCAGCUUAUGGCGCCUUGCGAUCGGUCUUGGAGCGGCUCGAGGAUCCGAAUACUCGAUCUAAGGCUCGGAUCUUCUUGUCUGACAUCUACAAACGCGUCGGAUCUUCUGAGACGUCUCUCCAAACCUACCAUUUUCAUAUCCAGGACAUCUAUCUCGAUCAAUACGAAGGCUUUCAGUCCAGGAAAAAGUUAACCAUGAUGGUCAUUCCUAGUAUUUUUAUUCCAGAAGACUGGUCAUUUACAUUUUAUGAAGGACUUAACAGACAUCCUGACACCAUCUUUAAGGAUAAGACUGUUUCUGAACUUGGCUGUGGGAAUGGAUGGAUAUCAAUAGCCAUUGCUGCUAAGUGGUUGCCUUCAAAGGUAUAUGGGCUUGAUAUUAAUCCUAGAGCUGUGAAAAUUUCUUGGAUAAAUUUGUACCUAAACGCUCUUGAUGAUAAUGGCGAACCAGUCUAUGACGAAGAGAAGAAAACUUUAUUGGACAGAGUGGAAUUCUAUGAAUCUGAUUUGCUUGGUUAUUGUAGAGAUAAUAAAAUUCAGUUAGAAAGAAUUGUAGGAUGCAUACCUCAGAUUCUUAAUCCAAACCCAGAAGCUAUGUCUAAGCUGAUCACAGAAAAUGCAAGUGAGGAAUUUCUCCAUUCGCUGAGUAACUAUUGUGCCCUUCAGGGUUUUGUUGAAGAUCAGUUUGGCUUAGGUUUGAUUGCCAGAGCAGUUGAAGAAGGAAUAUCUGUCAUCAAACCUGCAGGGAUUAUGAUAUUUAACAUGGGUGGUCGUCCUGGGCAAGGUGUCUGUAGACGCUUGUUUGAGCGGCGAGGAGUCCGUGUUACACAGAUGUGGCAGACUAAAAUACUUCAGGCUGCAGAUACUGAUAUCUCAGCAUUAGUUGAAAUUGAGAGGAGCAGCCCUCAUCGUUUUGAGUUCUUUAUGGGACUUUCUGGAGACCAACCAAUUUGUGCUCGAACAGCAUGGGCCUAUGGGAAGGCUGGUGGCCGAAUCUCCCAUGCUUUAUCGGUUUAUAGUUGUCAGAUUCGCCAACCAAAUCUGGUUAAGAUAAUCUUUGACUUCUUGAAAAAUGGAUUCCAAGAAAUCAGUAAUUCACUGGAUUUAUCUUUUGAAGAUGAAACUGUUGCUGAUGAGAAGAUUCCAUUCCUAGCCUAUCUUGCUAGUGUCUUGAAAAAUAGCUCCUAUUUCCCGUUUGAACCUCCAGCUGGCAGCAAAAGAUUCUGCAGUCUAAUUGCAGGCUUUAUGAGGACAUACCACCGUAUACCAAUUAAUCAGGAUAACAUUGUCGUGUUUCCAUCAAGGGCUGUGGCAAUCGAGAGUGCAUUUCGUUUAUUCUCUCCUCGACUUGCAAUUGUUGAUGAGCAUUUAACUCGACAACUUCCGAGGAGCUGGCUAACCUCUUUAGCCAUUGAGGACACUAGCAUGGAUAAAUCAGAUGAUCAAAUCACAGUCAUCGAAUCCCCGCACCAAUCUGAUCUGAUGAUAGAACUCAUUAAGAAACUAAAGCCACAGGUGGUGGUUACUGGAAUGGCUCCAUUUGAGGUCAUUACCAGUUCAUCGUUUUUGCACCUUUUGGAAGUGACAAAAGAAAUUGGAUGUCGACUUUUCUUGGAUAUAUCUGAUCACUUUGAGUUGUCUAGCCUUCCUGCAUCCAAUGGGGUACUAAAAUAUCUCGCUGAAAAUCAACUACCUUCUCAUGCAGCAAUUAUCUGCGGUCUGGUAAAGAAUAAGGUCUAUUCGGAUUUAGAAGUAGCCUUUGUCAUUACAGAAGUGGAUGCCAUUGCUAAAGCCCUGUCCAAAACUGUGGAAGUCUUAGAAGGUCAUACUGCUAUUAUCAGUCAAUACUACUAUGGUUGCCUUUUCCAUGAGCUUUUGGCUUUCCAGCUUGCUGAUCGCCAUGCCCCGGCUGAGAGGGAAAGUGAGAAAGCAAAGUCUGAAGAGAUCAUUGGAUUUUCAAGCUCAGCAGUCUCUAUUCUAAAAGAUGCUGAGCUUUCAGUCACUGAGAUUGACGAAACUUCUCUAAUCCACAUGGAUGUUGAUCAAAGUUUCUUGCAAAUUCCACAAUCUGUUAAGGCUGCAAUCUUUGAAAGUUUUGUGAGGCAGAACAUAUCUGAAGCGGAAGUUGAUAUCAACCCAAGUAUUAAGCAGUUUGUGUGGAGUAAUUAUGGGUUUCCAACCAAAAGCAGCACAGGCUUUGUAUAUGCUGAUGGCUCACUAGCACUAUUCAAUAAACUGGUAAUUUGUUGUGCUCAAGAAGGUGGAACGCUUUGUUUACCUGCUGGUACAAAUGGAAAUUAUGUUGCUGCUGCCAAAUUUUUAAAAGCUAAUGUCGUGAAUAUCCCUACCGAGUCUAGUGAUGGCUUUAAGCUGACAGAAAAGACUCUAACGAAAGCACUCGAGUCUGUGAAGAAGCCGUGGGUUUGUAUAUCUGGACCAACGGUUAGCCCUACAGGCUUGGUGUACAGCAAUGAGGAGAUGGAUAUACUGUUGUCUACUUGUGCUAAGUUUGGAGCAAAGGUCAUCAUCGAUACUUCAUUCUCGGGAUUAGAAUACAGUGCAACUAGCUGGGAUUUGAAGAACGCUUUGUCGAAAAUGGAUUCUUCCUUAUCAGUUUCGCUGCUUGGAUGUCUCUCUUUGAAUUUGCUCAGUGGAGCUAUUAAACUCGGGUUUCUAGUUUUGGAUCAGUCUCUCAUCGAUGCCUUCCAUACCCUCCCAGGCCUGAGCAAACCGCACAGCACUGUGAAAUAUGCCGCUAAGAAAAUGUUGGCUUUGAAGGAAGAGAAAGCAAGUGACUUUCUGGAUGCCGUUUCUGAAACCAUUAAAACCUUGGAAGGCAGAUCCAGACGCUUAAAAGAGGUACUACAGAACUCUGGUUGGGAGGUUAUCCAACCCUCAGCUGGAAUCUCAAUGGUGGCAAAGCCAAAAGCUUAUCUCAACAAAAAAGUAAAGCUGAAAGCAGGAGAUGGACAGGAAAUCGUCGAGCUUACGGAUUCAAAUAUGAGGGAUGUGUUCCUCAGCCAUACCGGUGUUUGCUUAAACAGCGGUUCCUGGACUGGAAUCCCUGGUUACUGCCGGUUUUCAUUUGCAUUGGAAGAUAGUGAGUUUGACAAGGCUAUUGAAUCGAUAGCUCAGUUUAAAAGCGUCCUUGCUAACUGAAACGUGCCAGUUUCAUUUACGAUGUCAUCAACUUGAACUAAAGGGCAUUGUGCAUUGCUGGUUCUGAGACUUAACACGUCGCUCUUCUUCUGCGUUCCUUUGUUCUGUUGUUUCUAAAUAACUCGCUUCCCGUUUCUUGGUCAGCCCCAUAACGGGUUUACUUUUUGGAAGUAUGAUAUUUUCAUGCUAAUAAAGGAGUCAUAAAACUUUGAAUAAGUCUUAUAUUUUAAUGUGAAUAAGUCUCCUUGUUUCUAUGAUGUUUUUUUCUUUUAUGUUCGAUCUUGGGCUCUCUAUGAUGUUCCAGAAAAAAAGAAUGUGUUCCAGAAAAGAUAUCAAAUAAGUAUCUCAAAAU